AUGUCUUAUAAUUACAAUCCAAAUCAACAACAGUCUUAUGGUCGCCCACCACCACAGAAUACCUAUGGAGCACCACCUCCAUAUGGUCAGCAACAGUAUAGUCAGCAAUACCAACCACCUCCACAGAACCGACCUCCCUCACAAGGUCCCCCAGGUUCACAAGGUCCUCCAGGUUCACAAGGUCCUCCGGGUUCACAAGGUGCUCCAGCUCAGGUGCCCCCGGGAACGGACCCUCAACUAUGGUUUUGGUUUCAAGCUGUAGACACUGACAAGAGCGGGGCUUUGACCACCGAGGAAUUACAAAAGGCUUUAAUUAAUGGCGAUUGGAGUCCAUUCAAUUUGGAAACCGUUCGAUUAAUGAUGAACAUGUUUGAUACUGAUAACACUGGUACAAUUACUUUUACUGAAUUCUCUGGCCUUUGGAGAUACAUUGAAGAUUGGAAGAAGUGCUUUCAAACUUUUGACGCCGAUGGAUCUGGUACCAUUAACUUCUCGGAGCUGAAGACAGCUUUGAAGACUUUUGGAUAUAAUUUGAGCGAUAACUUUAUCAACCUCCUCAUUAAGAAGUACGAUAAGUAUGCGGGUACUAAAAAUUCAGGAAGGGGAGAUGUGACUUUCGACAAUUUUGUGCAAUCCUGCGUGACCAUUAAGACCCUUACGGACGCUUUUCGUCGCUACGACAAUGACAAUGACGGUUGGAUCACGAUCAAUUAUGAGCAGUUCUUGGAAUUGGUGAGUAUAUCAAAUAGAAAUAGCAACACAGAACGAAAGGCCAUGGCAGCCGAAUCCAAAAUAGCAUCGCAACCACCUCUUUCGCCUUUUGGCAAUGCGGUGUCUGGGGCAUUGGGGGCACUGAUCGCUUUGGCUAUAACUUACCCGCUAGACAUCGUAAAGACGCGGCUUCAAGUACAGUCCAAGAAAACCUCAUCAACCACAGCGUCCAGCGAACAUUACGAGUCAGCAGGUGACGCGAUCCGCAAGAUUCUUUCGAACGAAGGAAUACUUGGGCUUUACGCAGGAUUACCUGCUGCACUCAUUGGUGUCGCAUCCACGAACUUUGCUUAUUUUUAUUGGUACUCAUUUAUUCGUACUUAUUAUCAGCGAAAUAAGUCGGCUUCAUUGUCAACGGCUACCGAGCUCGCUCUGGGUGCCCUUGCGGGAAUUCUUGCUCAGAUAUUUACGAUUCCAGUUUCAGUUAUCACCACCAGACAACAGACAGCGAGAAAAGCUUGCCGGAAAAACCUGAUGGAUACGGCCGAAGAGAUUAUUUCGGAAGACGGAAUCACCGGAUUAUGGAAAGGGCUAAAGCCGUCGAUUGUAUUAUGUGUAAAUCCUGCCAUCACCUAUGGCGCUUUCGAAAGGUUUAAGGAUAUAUUAUCAAAAAGGAGAAAUGAAACGGAUCUUUCUCCUGGAAUCAUUUUUUUGCUUGGAGCACUUAGCAAGACCAUUGCCACGGUGAUCACUUACCCAUACAUCAUGGCAAAGGUUAAGUUGCAAUGCAAAUCACCAGACGAAGAGUUUGUUGAUUCAAGUGAUAUAGACUUCAAGAAGACCUCGAGAGUAAGCAGAAAAAAAUAUAAUGGAGCGAUUGAUGUCCUAAGGAAAGUUUUGGCGACUGAAGGGAUCCAAGGAUGGUAUAAGGGGAUGCAAGCACAGAUUACAAAAGCCGUGCUCUCUCAGGCAUUACUCUUUUACAUGAAGGAAUAUACAACGCGAUACACCAUUUUUCUUUUUUCACUGUUUAAUCUUCUCAGGUCUGGUCGCCGUCAAAUCAUAUAA